UCCCUGCGCCCCGGCCCCGCCUUCACCCCGAGGGACGGAAGGCGGCCAGAGAUGCCGGGGCUCGGCACAGAGCUCCCAGGGCAGCCUGGAAUGUGCUCUCCCACAGCCUGCUCGGCCUUCCGGCCUGGACCACUUGUGCAUGGCCUUCUUGCAUGCUCCUUGAGCGGCUCUCCACCUGGGAUGCUCCUUGAGCAUCUCCCCGCCCUGGGGUGCUCCUUGGACAUCCCUCAGCUCGGGAUGCUUCAUCCCUCCGGUGCUCAGCUGGAAUAAAGUCAGGUGAUCGUUUGAUCUGUGAGAAAAUCCUCUGCCUAUUUUUAACUGAUUGCUUCCUCCUCCAUAGUUGAGAGAAAUGCUGUUUCUCCCCCGUGUCGUGUUUCUUCUGGCGGUGUUGCCCUUCCCCCUGGGGCUGGUUCCCAGUCCCAGGGCCUGUCAGCCCCAAGCCCGUGUUUGCACAGCCCCAGGCUCCCCUUGCCCUGUGCCCUGUCCCACCAUGCCCACGGGUGAAGCUCCCAUUGCCCAUUCCCACCCUGUGCUCUCCCGACCAUCGAGGCAAAGCUGCUGCCUGCACAGUGUGGGAGCAGCUCUCUCCUGGCAGCACGAGGCCUUUUGUCACACAGACAGAAUCUGGUGCAGUUUUGGCAGUGCCAAUGCCUGCAGGUGGGGUGGCUGGGGAAGAGAGCUGCUGCUCUCCUGACACUUGUUGCAAGAGCACCUGCAGAGCCCACCAGCAGCUCCAGUCUCUGCUGUCUCCUCUGCAGCAGCUCCAGACCUGAGGUGGCUCUGGUUCUCCAGAGCAUUGGCUCCCACAUAAAGCCACGAGUCCUUCAUGGCCCCACAGAAGCCAAGUGGCAUUUGGUGGCUUCUUUUUCAAAGCAUGGACAUUGGUGUUGGGAUGGGCAGCUGUGCACUGGCUAUGCAGGCUGCUUCUGAUCCCCUUCCAGCUGCUCCCAUCCCCACAUCCCUGUGCAACACCAGUGGUCACAGAGACUAAAAAUAGGAUGUCUGUGGCAGAGAAUGGAGGUGCUGCAUGGUGGGAGGGCUGUGGUCUGCCCUCUUCUACAGUUGCUUCCUAGGUAUUCGUGUCCCCCUCAUGCUGGGCUGGCCUGUCACCAGAGCAGAGGGAUGGUGUCCUGGAGUCCUGCUCACUCCUCACUGUUUCCCUGCAGGUGGGACUGGGGCCUCACUCGUGUGUGCCAGGGGCUGUGUGUGACAUUGUGACAUCCCACCCCAAUGGCAGCCCCUGCCAGGCCGGUUGUGGCCCCCACUGAGGCCACCAGCCAGUCCUCCUGCUCAGUCCAGCUCACUUGGACCAGAAGAGCCCAUGAGGGGCUCAGCAUGUGCUCAGAGGCUCAGGCUGCAAAAGCUGAGCCUUUCCCAGUCCCACUCCUAAACCACACAGCACAAAUGAGAUUAAAUUCCCUCUGAGGGGAUUUCCUGGCUGUGGGAGUUUACUCCUGGUUGCAGCAUCACUGAAAUUAAAACUCCUUCCCUCCCUGGCCUCAGGAGAGCUGCAGCCAGGUCAGGUUAAUGCCUGGCUGGGCUGGCAGUGCCCAGGGUGGUACCCAGCACCUGCCAGAGCAGACAGGCAGGCAGUUAAUGGGGGAUGUGGGCUUUCCUGCUCGCUCCCCUCUCCUUUUCCAAGCCCAGGAAACAUCUGUAUGGAGGGACAAGCUUCUCAUCUUGUCUUUUCCACUUGGUGCCUCUUCUUCCACUAUGGAUGCACAGAGUACUGCAGCCCCUGAAAAAAAUUCCUCCAGGAGCCCUGGAUGAUGCCCUGAGCUGCUUGGUCCCCUUCAGAGCCCAUGAGGGAUGGGCACAACCUCACAGCUGCCCCAGCAGCUCCUUGUGCCUGGCAGCACCGGGACAGGCAGGGCAUCCUCAGCCGGUGGCCUCCCAGCACAAGGGCAGCAGCUGACACUCACAGACAUUCAAGGCAUCUUUCAGAGCAAAAAAGAGACUUUUUCAUCCUGCUGAGGCCCAGCAAACUCCUGCCCCACUGCUUUGCCAUCUUGAAGCUGGGUGUCCAGUGUGUGGCUUCAUUUCACAGUGGGCUUCAUCUGCCAGAGGAAGCAAGGAAUUAAAGCAGAGUCCUUCCUGCAGAGGAGUCAGUGGAUGUUCCAGGGCCUCCGGUUUGCAGACCCAGAGUCCUUCCUGAAGUCCGCGCGCCUGCAGCGCCUGCCCUCGUCCUCCUCGGAGAUGGGGAGCCAGGACGUGUCCCCUCUGCAGGAGACCAGCAAGGACCCCUUCUCAGGAGACUGCAGCUGCCGCCAGGACGGGCUCACCGUCAUCAUCACCGCCUGCCUGACCUUCGCCACGGGCGUCACCGUGGCCCUCAUCAUGCAGAUCUAUUUUGGGGACCCUCAGCUGUUCCACCGCGGCGCCGUGGUGACGGACGCGGCGCGCUGCACGGCGCUGGGCACACACGUGCUGGCCCGGCACGGCUCCUCGGUGGACGCCGCCAUCGCCUCGGCCCUGUGCGCCGGCAUCGUCAACCCGCACAGCUCGGGGCUGGGAGGGGGCGGGGUGAUGCUGCUCCACGACAUCCGCAAGAACAGGAGCUGGGUGAUCGACUUCCGUGAGGUGGCUCCGCUGGGCAUCCCGCUGGAACGGGACCUGCAGCAGGACACCAAGCCAGGUCUGCUCGUAGGGGUGCCAGGCAUGAUCCUAGGAAUGCACCAGGCACACCAGUUACAUGGCAGGCUCCCCUGGUCCGAGCUGCUGGGCCUCGCGGCCGAUGUUGCCCAGAAUGGCUUUAAUGUCACACAUGACCUGGCCAGAGCCCUGAGUGAGCUGAAGGAGCUGAACCUGUCGGAGCGGUUCCAGGAGCUGUUCCUGCCCGGGGGGCAGCCCCUGCUGCCCGGGAUGUUCGUGCGGCGCCUGGACCUGGCGGCCGUGCUGCAGCUGCUGGGGGCACAAGGGGUGGCAGCCUUCUACAGCGGGAACUUGACCCAGGAGAUGGUCUCUGAGGUCCACAGCCACGGAGGAGUCCUGGUGGAGGAGGAUUUCAGCAAUUACAGUGUCACUGUGGAGGAGCCUGUGCACACAAUCUAUCGAGGGCACCUGGUUUUCACCCCCCCACCUCCACACGCAGGUCCUGCACUGAUCUCAGCACUGAACAUCCUCGAGGGCUUUAACAUCACAAGGCAAGGAUCCAGAGGGAAUAUCUUGCACUGGAUGGUGGAGACACUAAAAAUAGCCCUGAGUCUGGCAAGCAACCUGGGAGACCCAUCUGGUGACGUGUCUGUCACUCACACAGCAGAAGGCAUGGUGAGUAAAUCAGAAGCCAAUUCCCUGCGCCAGCUGAUCAAUGACUCCCAGUCCUUGCUGUCCAUGCCUGCCCUACCCCCAGAGAGCGAAACCGCUGCCAGCCAGGUCCUGGUCAUGGGCCCUGAUGAUUUCAUCGUCGCCGUGGUCAGCUCUUUGAAUCGUCCCUUUGGCAGUGGAAUAGUAACACCCUCUGGAAUCCUCCUGAACAGCCAGAUGUUGGACUUCUCCUGGCAAAAUCAAACAAUGAACCACUCCAUUCCCAGGCCGCCCAACGUGGCUCAGCCCGGGAGGCGGCCGCGCUCCUUCCUGCUGCCCACCAUCGUCAGGCCCUCGCAGGGCAUGUGUGGCACCUACCUGAGCCUGGCAGCCAACCACGGCGACAGAGCCCUCAGCGGCAUCGUGCAGGUUUUGGUAAAUGUUUUAACGCUUAACAAGAAUCUGAGUGAAAGUUUGUCACUUGGUCGGCUUCACCCCCAGCUUCAGUCCAACACCUUGCAGGUUGACAGUGAGUUUCCUGAAGAAGAUAUUGCAUUUCUUGUGGCCAGGGGCCAUCAGGUGGAUAAAGUCCCAGUGGUGUCCCUGGUGCACGGGGCCAGGAGAACCAACAGUUUCAUCAUUGGCCUGAAGGACCCCAGGAGUGCAGAUGCUGCUGGAGCCACAAUCUUGUAGCAGCUGCCAGGGCAGUGGGCUGUGGCAAGGCUGACACACAACCCUGUGAUGUGCAUGUUCUGCAGUGGCCCCUUCCCCAGCCCCCACACUGCUGGGAAGGUGUUCUGCCCUCCCCAGAGGAGCCAGCAGCAGCAACAUUCAGCUCUCUUUUUAUUUUUCAGUCCUUGGGCCUGGUUACAGGAGUGGCAGGAGCACUUUUCUUUUGGCAGUCUUGCUAAUAGUUCAGUCUUUCCAAAGCUCAGUUCUAGCCAGCAUCUUAAUUUUAGGGGUCAGGAACAUGAGCAAGGGAAAAAACAGCUGCUGUUAUUAUUGAUGGUGAUUAUCCUCAUCUCCCUGUCUUUCCCAAGCUCCUUCUUUGCUUCCAGUGCAAGCCAGUAAUUAAUAGAGCCUGGUGGAAUGUUUGUAGGUGCCUGCAGCUGGAAUAUUGGGGAGUGCUCUAAUGCUCCAUCUGGGCCAGCUGAUUUUUGCCAACGUGCAGCGUCCCAGGGAAGUUCCCGUGCCCACAUCAGUACCUACCUUGAAUUCUGGCAGUAAAUAUUUUGAAUCCAGUUGCUGCACAGACUCACUGGCAGUCUGAUUUUGUAACCAGAGCAAUGGUUUUCACCACCUCUAACAACUUCUUCCUCUAACAACUUGUGCAUCCCCCAGUAGUUUUCUUACAGAGGUUUAACCUCCUCACUGGUGAAUUUCAGAUUAAUGGUAGCAGGUUUAACUUUCUUAGACACUCUUUGGAGAUAUUUUAGCAGUACUCCACAGUGAAAAACCACAGAUAACAGACUGAAGACCACAUGUAGAGCAUUUAGAUGGGUUCAGAGCUUUUCUUCCACUGCAUUAUCUCAAUCUGUUCCAAAACCCUGGGUCACUCCUACAGAGAGGCUUGGGAAUUUCUGCUGGCUGAAUGAAUGGCUGUACCUUAGCUCUGUGUUUUAGUCCUAGUGAAUCUAUUGGAAAAGCUGAAGAGAGUGAGAGGAAAAGUAGAAACCAAACCAAACACUACUGAGAUAAUUUUCUGCCCACAGCAUGUAGUGAAAAUAAAAGAAUGCUCUUGCAUUUUGUGUCUGAAAUUGAGAAGGGAAGAAUACCCCAGCUGACUUCUGUACCAGGUCAUUCAGCCCACAUUUGGACAUUUCCUGUUCUUUUUGCUGGCUAGUUAGAGACACUUGGCACUGAAAAAUCCAGAGAUUGAUCAUUUUCUGCAGUCUAAAAUGUCAUAUUUUCCUUCAUGGUGCAAAUGCAGCCAUGGCCACUGUACAUAUUAUAUAUGUAUGUCUGCUUAUGGUUGUGUUGCUCUUUGAUUUGGUGAUGACACCACUCACCCUGUGGCUCCCUGUCUGUACCACCUCUGGCACUGGAGGGCGUGGGCUGGUUUUGGGGAGGUUGGGGCCACAGGGCAGAUGAUUGGACUGGAUAAUUGGACUGAUUGUUCCUGGGCUGUGGCUCCAGAGCAGCCCAGUGCAGCACGUUGGGCUGUGUGGGAACAGAGGUGUUUCCAUGCUCUGCUGGAGGGCAGCCACCCCUGAGGGGAGCAGAGCAGCUCCCACUGACAGCACCAUCAGCAUUUCCUGAUCCAAGUGCAUCCAUGCCCUCAGCUGGGACAGGGGAAGCACAAUGUUCUAUCUGUGACGUGCUCUGUGCCACCAAGAAGAGACUUUCUUCACCACAGGGACACCAAAUCUAUUUAUUUCUUUCUCUGUCAUCAGCACUGGAGUUGGUCACUGACCAAGGAUGGAGAGAUGUAAAUGUGUCUUGGAGCAGAGCUCUUCAGGCUCUGUGGGAAGGGAAGGAGGCAGUUCUGUGGGUUGAACCUCUCUGGAGAUGGUCUGGGGUUUUCUGCUCUGUCCCAGCCCUGAUCUGUCCCUUGGGCAUGGAGGUUCUCUAUGAGCAGCUGCAAAAUAUGUGAUCGAGUCAUUGUCAGUGCAGAACUUUGCAUGAAAUGUCACAAAACACUUUGAAAGAUUAAAUUCCUCCUUAUUAACUGAAUUCACCAACUUCUGAUGCUGGAUACCGUGUGUAUGUUUGGGAGUAAAAGACUUUGGUCUUGAUUCAAAAGGGCACUCCUAUGUCCCAAAUUACAAUUUCACAGCAAUUAUCCAGAAUCUUAAAAUAAAGCAUGUUCUGAAGUGUUCUGCUCAAUCAUGGCCUGCAAUGCAAAAAAAAGAGAAAAUUGAAAAUAAUUGGAAGAUGAGACCUAUGCCCUUAGGUUUUAGCUAAGAGAAGUAAAGGUAUUCCAAAUAAUUUCCUUUUUUUUUUUCUGUUUAAAAGCAACAUCAGUAUAGCACACUUAUAUCCAAUAUGGACACCUUUAAUCUGCUGAUUGGCCCAGUGUCUCCAGUAUUUUGAGCCCAUCUGUUGUGAUCUGAUGAAUUUAACAUCUAAUGAAUUUAAGGUCUGAUAAAUUUAACAUGAGGCACCAAGAAAUACCUGGUGUUUGCCUUGGUACAGGUGAGAUGGGCACAGUGAAAUAAAGGGCUGUAUUGCAGAGA